GCUCUUGUUCAUUGUUUUUGCUUUUUUUAACGCGAUUAUGUAAACUACGAGCCCAGCCAGAAGACGCGUCUCGCAGAUCUUAAUGUUAUGGAACCCAUUUCCGUUGCCAUCAGAGAUCAAGCAAGAUAAUGUCUCAACCAGCCCCUAGACGUCGUGGUCGACCCAGGAAGACAGAAUCUAAAGAAGCGCGGGUCGCUCGGGAGCGUGCUCUGCAGCGCGUACGAUCACAACGAUACUACGAACGACAACAUCAGCAAGCCGUGCAGCCCUCUCUCCCGCCAGCCGAACUGCACCAAAUAGAAUUCGUGCAUUACCACCAUGCGUUGUCUCAGCAGUCACCAGCUGCAUCGUCAACGGACCCGAGUACCGGCUUCCACCUGGAGUCGCAACUCCACAUUCCCAUACCAGAUGAAGAUCCACUGCCGGUCGAGUCUACUUUGAUCGAUCACGAACCAAGCGGCGUAGAGGUGGAUUCAGUCGAAGGACCGUGUGAUCUACCAUCUGUGGAGGAUGAUGAUCCACAUACGAGUAAUACAACGCCCCAGUCUCGCCAAGUUCUAGAAGAACAAACGACUCAUUUCAGCCUGGGCACGCAAUCUAUCCCUCAUUCAGCUUCUUAA